AUGCAGACCAGUGGUCGAGGGGCGGUUCCCUCGACCAAGUCCAACGACGGUCUCUUUGGCGACGAAUUUCGCACCUCGAAGAAGGACAAGCGCACUAUCAAGCAUUCCAGUUUCAUCUCCAAGAUCGAAAAGAAUUCGAAGAAGGCCCCCAAAAAGCGACGCGCGUCGAAGAAACUUGCAACAUUGAAUUCUCUGGCCGACGCGCUCCCCGACGCAGAUACCCAAGAAGACCAGCAGGAUCCCAAUAGUCAAGUCAACAUCAUCAAGCAAAAGACGUUGAAGCAUAAACCAGGAGCGGAGAAGCAUUUCGGAAACCAGUCAUGGUCUAGCAGCUAUGAGCCCGGGCUUCCCACAGCUGGUCCCCUGGGCGCGACUCCGGCUUUCGGAGCUCCCCGAAUCACGCCGCGAGUAUUGAAGCAGUAUCUCGACCAGUUCGUUGUGGGACAGGAUCGUGCGAAGAAGAUACUCAGUGUUGCUGUAUACAAUCACUACCAGCGCGUGCAAGAAUUGCAACGACGAGGAGAGGAAGCCGAGGAGGAACAAGCCAAACGUGAGCGGAGAGAAGCUCUUGAGGGCCACCCGGUAGAGGACCUACCGGAGCUCGUCGAUACGGCACCGCUACAACUCGAAAAGUCCAACAUCCUCCUCAUGGGUCCAUCUGGUGUAGGAAAGACAUUGAUGGCAAAGACGCUGGCUAGAGUGCUUUCUGUCCCUUUUAGCAUCUCCGACUGCACGUCGAUCACCCAAGCCGGUUAUAUCGGAGAGGACGCCGAGGCGUGCGUCCACAGGCUAUUAGCGGCCUCCAAUUAUAAUGUUGAGCAAGCAGAGCGUGGUAUAAUUGUACUAGAUGAAGUGGACAAGCUUGCAGCAGCCAAGGUCAGCCAUGGCAAGGAUGUUAGUGGGGAGGGUGCGCAGCAGGCCCUUUUGAAGAUCAUCGAGGGCACAACAGUACAGGUCCAGGCGAAACAAGAACGCAACUCUCCUCAUACUGGAGGCACACCAAAUACCUACCCAUCCAACAGUCCACUUGGGAAUCCUCCAAAUUCGGGGGGCCAACCAGCAAAGGGAGAGGUUUACAACGUACGCACAGAUAACAUCCUGUUCGUAUUCUCCGGUGCGUUCGUUGGUCUGCACAAGGUGAUCAUGGAUCGGAUAUCACGCGGUUCGAUUGGUUUCGGACAGCCCGUUCGAUCAGCAACCAGCACGGGUGAUCGUCCCGGGGAAGCAGGUUCAGGGAAUAACCAGCCCGUUCCCAUCCUGCCGGGCUCAGAGGAGGAAGAGUUAUACAAGAAACAUCUUCCGUUCUUUACACCACCUUCAAUCGCAUCGCCUGAUAGCGAACCAAGCUACUUCAACUCGCUGGACCUUGUCACCCCUACCGACUUACAGAACUAUGGCUUCAUCCCCGAAUUAGUAGGUCGUGUACCUGUUACAGCCGCCCUCGCCACCCUAACACAAGCCCUCCUUGUCCGCAUCCUGACUGAACCCCGCAACUCAUUAUUGGCACAAUACACCGCUCUCUUCUCGCUAUCCGGCAUCGAACUCCGCUUCACCACCCUGGCUUUGCACAAGGUCGCCGCCAACGCCUUCCAAAUGGGAACUGGGGCGCGCGCUCUCCGUACAGAAAUGGAGACGAUCCUCAGCGACGCGAUGUUCGAAGCGCCAGGCUCUAGUGUGAAAUUCGUGCUUGUCACGGAAGCCGUCGCAGACCGCGAAGAGAAGCCCAUUUAUCUGGCGCGCGGCCAGGGUGGAAAGUUCCACUCGAUGAUUGCGACAGAGGAGAGUCAGUGGGAAGAGAAGGUUCAGCGAGAGAAGAAGGACAAGGAAUUUAAGGCAAAGGCUCAGUCAAAGGAGGGGAUUGACUUCACGUCGAAUUAUCGCGAAGAACAAUCUCACGCUUCGGGAUCCUGA